AUGUCGAAGUCUGUUGGUUAUGAUGCGAGAGAAAGUCUCAAUGUCAUCGCUACUAUGGGAAAGCAUGUCUCGAGGACGGAGAGCAAAAAGGGGAAGAUAAAAGCCAAGAAAGGUGGAAUAGGAGAUGCACAGAAGAACAGAGUGAAGAGAAGAGCCAAAGAUCGAAAAUCAUCAUCUUCUCGGAAAACAUCAUCUCCAUCCCCGAAAUGCCCAGUGUCGGAUCAGCAGGAAGUACUAGAGGAUAGCAGCAACACCGAACCGGAACUUAUCCUCGACCCAACACAGCCAAGGAUAUUCAUCUCCAGCUCCAUACCCAUACCCGCUAUAUCGAACUUCCUCCCUCCCAUCACAACACUGAAUCAUCAAGUCCAAGAUCAUGACCUCGUUGCUCCUCAGAAUUUGUGCGCUGAUCAUUCACCAAGCUGUAUCUUCCAUCAUCAACAUCAAAAUGAUCAGGCUGGCCUUAGGACGCCUUUCUCAAGUCCAUUCUUGCGCUAUCACUGA